AUGGCAACCGUGCCGUCACCCGGCGAUUCCGUUGACAAGUUAGAUGAGCUGUAUGAGGGCUUCCGAAGCAAAUUUCCAGAUGUGCCUGAGGUAACCGUCCAGCAGCUGCACGGCUGGAUGAAUGCUGCCAAGGCCAUGGACGGAACCCCGCCUGUAGUUGUGGACGUCCGGACGCGCGAUGAGCAGCAGGUGUCCAUGCUUCCUGGCCCCGAUACGAUGACUCAACGCCAGUUUGAGGAGCGGGGACCGGAUUACUUCAGAGGACGCAGUACUGCUGGUUACCGCAGCGGCCUCUUCGCCGAUAAGCUGAGGCGCAAGCACGGGCUGGAGGCGUACAACUUGCGUGGCAGUAUCCUGGCGUGGACGCAGGCAGGGUACCCGCUUGCAGACCCACGGGACGGCAAGCCCACCGAUCGAGUCCACGUGUUCAGCAAGGAUUGGUCACUCCAGGGUGAGGGCUACGUGCCGGUGACGUUCCGGCGAUCCGUGGUUCCGUUGGUGCUGGAUGCGGCUGGAGGGCUGUGGGAGUCGGUUUUGCGGCUGCUGUCCGGGAGGAGAGGGAAGGCGACUUAA